UAUUCGUCUUUCUAUUAAGUGUUUGCUUAAGUUUAGUUAAAGUGUUUCAUUUUUUCCAAUAAUUAUUAAAAAAAAAAUAAAGCAAAAUAAAUUUUUAUUAUAAAGAAAAAUAAUAUAAAAAAGCAAUAAAUAUUAAUUUAAUUAAAUAAAGAAGAAAAAAGUGAUGUUUAUUAAAACAAUAGUUAAUUAACUACUACCGCCUUUUAACAUAUCGAAUUUAAUGCAUUUAUAUUUUCAAUUGUCUGUGCGACGGACUACUGACUGACUGAUCUCUGCUAAAAUUUCCUAAAAAGAUCACCGAAAGAGUUCAUACAUACAUAGAAAAAUAUGCCUCAGACAAAACGUAAUUUCUAUGAAAUACUUAAUGCCACCUCAAAUGCCACACUUGAGGAAUUGAAAUCAAAUUAUAAACAAUUGAUUUUACAAUAUCAUCCCGAUAAAUUGCAGCAGCAACAACAAUUGGAAAUUAAUCUGAAGAAAUUAGAAAUUAAUAAUGAACCUAAUAACGUAGAGUUUGUAGCCAUAACUGAGGCCUGGAAUUGUUUAAAAGACCCUGUAAAACGUAAACAAUAUGAUGCUGAACAAUUGUUAAAUAAAUUUCAUACGCAUAAUAAUAUUUACGCACACAUUAAAUUGAGUGAAAUGAAAAAACAACUAAAUACUGGAGACUACUACUUGCCAGAAGAAGAAAAUGAUGAUGAUGAUGAUGGAGAUGGAGAACACAGUCAGAAGGUAAAGGAAAGUGAGGAGGAAACAACUAAAUAUCUUUAUACAUAUGAUUGCCGUUGUGGCGGUCAAUAUAUUGUUGAUGAGUCAGCUGAACAAUAUUGCGGCAGAGCCGACAACAAUCAACAUCAUGAUAUACAAAUCAAAAGCAACCACGACAAUAACAAUGGUGUUGAUGAUGAUGACGCAGACAAAAGCACCCAAAACAACACAAAAAACAGCCCCAAUAUAGAGGAAAAUAAAAAGAAUGCUGAUGGUGGUGGUAGUAGUGGUAGUGGUGGCGGCAAUACUGCUGAUGGUAGUGUUGAAGGCGUUGUUUUCGUUCAACAACACCACAAUGAGGGUGAUGAGGCGGCAGCAGAGGAGGUUGACGACGAAGGCGGUGAAUUGAUUGUUGAGUGCAGUGAAUGUUCUUUAGUGAUAAUAUUGAAUGGCUGAAACAGCAACUUCUUUUUAUUUUAAUUUUUUGUUUGUUUUGUAAAAGAAAUCAAUUCUUUUAGUUUUUCGUUUUCUUUAAAAAUAAUAAAGAUUAAGCAAUUUUCUGCUGUUUUUUUUUUUUGCUUUA